UCUUUUUGUUUAAUUUAUGUAUUAGUAUAUUAUAUGUAAUGUAUAUAAAUACAUAGUUCAUUGUUUGUAAAUUAAUAACAAAACGUUUAAUACAUGUCGAACUCGCAAUCUGUAUUCAAUUUCUGCCAUGUUAAUUACAAGACCCCUGACAAGAUGAUGUCUUCAAAGAGUGGAUUGAAAAAAUUGUCCGAAGAAAGUUUGACCAGGCAGCCGGAAGAAGUGUUUGACAUUAUUUGUAAACUCGGAGAAGGAUCCUAUGGAAGUGUAUUUAAAGCACUGCACAAAGAAUCUGGCCAAGUACUUGCUAUUAAGCAAGUACCGGUCGACACCGAUCUUCAGGAAAUCAUAAAAGAAAUAUCCAUAAUGCAACAAUGUGAUAGCCCCUAUGUAGUUAAAUACUAUGGUUCAUAUUUUAAGAAUACUGAUUUAUGGAUUGUUAUGGAAUAUUGUGGUGCUGGUUCAGUAUCUGACAUCAUGAGAUUGAGAAAAAAGACACUGUCAGAAGAUGAAAUAGCUACUAUAUUGUCUGACACACUUAAAGGACUGGAGUACUUACAUUUAAGGAGAAAAAUACAUAGGGAUAUUAAAGCUGGAAAUAUAUUGUUAAAUUCUGAAGGACAUGCUAAACUAGCUGAUUUUGGGGUUGCAGGACAGCUGACUGAUACUAUGGCCAAAAGAAAUACUGUAAUAGGAACUCCAUUUUGGAUGGCACCUGAAGUAAUCCAAGAAAUAGGAUAUGAUUGUGUUGCUGAUAUGUGGAGCUUAGGAAUAACUGCAUUGGAAAUGGCUGAAGGCAAACCUCCAUAUGGUGAUAUACAUCCAAUGCGUGCCAUUUUCAUGAUUCCAACUAAACCACCACCUUCAUUUCGAGAACCAGAUAAAUGGUCCCCAGAAUUUAUUGAUUUUGUAAGUCAAUGUUUAAUUAAAAAUCCAGAAGAACGAGCAACAGCAACAAAAAUGUUAGAUCAUGAAUUUAUUGGUAAUGCAAAGCCACCAGAAAUUUUAAGCCAGAUGAUUGUUGAAGCAAGAGAAAUUAGAGAAAAUCAAACUCUUCGUUCUAAUGCAUCAUGCAAAGUAACAUCAGCUGAACAUAAAGAUCAAAACUCCAAAGAAGAUGAUAUUGACAGUCGUACAAUGAUAGUGGAUGAUAGUACUCUAGUACCAGAUAAAUCAAAAGGGACAAGUUUAAAAAGUAACUCAGUUAUAGAAGAGUUAAGAACAAUGGUAAUUAAUAGUGAUGGAGAAGAUGAUUCCACAAUGAAAAGACAUGAUACAGGACCUGAAGAAUCGGGUAAAAAGUAUAGACCCUUAUUCUUAGAUCAUUUUGAUAAAAAAAUUGCAGAAAAAUCAAAAAAUGAUAAUUUUGAGUCGGAAAACAAAUUAUUUGAUGAUGGACCACAUUCUGCUCAAGAUGUUUCUCAAAAUGACGAAUGUGAAAAAACUAUAACUUCACACCAAUUUCCUAUGCCGCAAAUAAAUUGUAGACCUGACGUAAAUGCACCUACAACUCUUCAUCAAAACCGACACUACUCACCAAUUGUUGAUGGAGACUUUGAAUUUUUAAGGUAUUUAACUUUUGAUGACUUGCAACAACGAAUGUCCAAUUUGGAUUCUGACAUGGAACGUGAAAUUGAUGAGCUAAGACGUCGCUAUCAAACAAAACGCCAACCAAUACUAGAUGCUAUGGAUCAGAAGCGUAAACGACAACAAAAUUUUUGAAAUAUUUAUUAUCUGUACAGCUUAACAUUAUAAUUAUAAAGACAUUGAUGGUUGACCUCAGAUUUUCUGCGAUUAAGGUGCUAUGUUUAUGUAUGCCAGUCAGUUCCAAGGCAGGUAAUAUUUAUAAACUCAACUUCCAUAUAAUUUUUGAAAAAUGAUAUAACAGAUAAAUUAUCAUUAUAAUAGCCUUA